AUGUAUAAUAGUCAAUCUAAAGACAAAAUACCAAUAUAUAGAAUUUUAACUAAUAAUUCAUAUUGUAGUUACACAACACUUGAGUUACGUAGAUAUAAAAAGAGCCCGAGUUUAUCGUUUGGGUCCCAUAUUGUUAAUAUUUGGAAUCCAAAUAUGAAUAAAAGCAAAGAAAUCGCAACCCCUGAGGAAUUGGAAAAGGUUCAGUACAAACCCAUCAAAAAAGAACAUAAUACACAUGUAUACAUGAUCACUAACUAUGUUACUGCAGAAGAAGCACAUGUUAAUGGGGUUUACUCGAUUACUAGUAUUAUCAAGAAUCUCUCUGCACAUAUAGAAAGAGAUCAUGAAUUACAUAUG